AUGCCGCCUCUUUUGCAAGAAGCCAUAAAAGUGCUCACAGCUGCCCAGGGCUGGGCCGAGAGGUGCCCGGCACCCUUGUCCUUGCUGGCCCUGGUCCAGUGGGAACUUGCCACCAUCCUGCAGUACAGCGGGGGACAGAAGGACAGCGGCCGGCUCCCGGGCUUCAGGCUCAGGUACGUCUUCCUGGUCUGGCUGUGCAUCUUGGCGGGCAGCUGGGUGAUGUACCUGCACUAUUCGUCCUACUCGGAGCUCUGCCGUGGCCACGUCUGCCGGCUGCUGAUCUGUGACCAGUACCACAAGGGCAUCAUCUCGGGCUCCGUCUGCCGGGACCUGUGUGACCUGCACGCGGUGGAGUGGAGGACUUGCCUGUCCUCGGCCCCCGGGCAGCAGGUGUACAGCGGGCUCUGGCAGGACAAGGAGGUGAUCAUCAAGUGUGGUAUUGAGGAGGCCCUGGGUGCCAAGGCCCGGCCAGACUCAGCUCCCCGGCGGGAGCUAGUGCUAUUUGACAAGCCCUCCAGGGGUACCUCCAUGAAGGAGUUUCGGGAGAUGACCCUCGGCUUCCUCAAGGCGACCCUGGGAGACCUACCGUCCCUGCCCGCGCUGGUGGGGCAGGUCCUUGCCAUGGCUGACUUCAACCAGGAUAGCCGGGUGUCGCUGGCCGAGGCCAAGUCAGCAUGGGCGCUGCUGCAGCGCACCGAGGUCCUGCUGCUGCUGGCCCUGCAGGGGAAGGAACACACCGCACGGCUGCUGGGCCACUGCGGGGACCUGUACCUCACAGAGGGCCGCCCGCACGGCUCUGCCCAUGGCACCGCGCUGCCCACCCCGCUGCGGCCCCUGCUGCCCACCGCCCUGCUCCGCGCCCUGCAGCAGUGGGUGGGCCCCGCGUGGCCCUGGCGGGCCAAGGUCGCCGUCGGCCUCCUGGAGUUCGUGGAGGAGCUCUUUCAUGGCGCCUACGGGACCUUCUACAUGUGCGAGACCACGCUGGCCAACGUGGGCUACACGGCCAGCUACGACUUCAAGAUGGCCGACCUGCAGCAGGUGGCGCCCGAGGCGGCGGUGCGGCGCUUCCUGCAGGGCCGCCGCUGCGAGCAGAGCCAGGACUGCACCUACGGGCGCGACUGCCGGGCGCCCUGCGACCGCCUCAUGCGCCAGUGCAAGGGCGACCUCAUCCAGCCCAACCUGGCCAAGGUGUGCGAGCUGCUGCGGGGCUACCUGCUGCCCGGCGCGCCCGCCGCCCUCCGCCCGGAGCUGGGCCGGCAGCUGCGCACCUGCACCACGCUGAGCGGGCUGGCCAGCCAGGUGGAGGCGCACCACGCGCUGGUGCUGAGCCACCUCAAGACGCUGCUGUGGAAGGAGAUCUCCCACACCAAGUACUCCUAGUGUCCAGGCUGUGGGGGCCGGGGACCCUACACAGCCGUCGGCUGCUGGGCCUCCCUCCUGGCACCCACCACCCUUCUGCACCCUAGUCCUGUCACACGGCAGCUUCCUGGUCCCCUGCCACCAAACUAAUCACAGGGCUAUAGGAGAGGUGUCCCAGGGGUGGGUGGGGGGUCACAGGAGGGGAGUCACAGGAGUGAGAGGGGUUACAGGUGAGGGCUCAUAGGAGUGAGGGGGGCCAGGGGUGAGGACUCACAGGAGUGAGGGGGGUCAUGAGUGAGGGGGCCUCAGGGGUGAGGGGACACGGGUGAGGGGGUCACAGGAGUGAGGGAAUCACAGAGGCGAGGGGUCACGGGUGAGGAGUCACAGGAGGGAGGGGGAUCACAGGAGGGAGGUCACGGGUGAGGGGGAAGCAUGGGUGAGGAGGGGUCACACAGGUGAGGUCACAGGCGAGGGGGGAAGCAGGGGUGAGGGGUCACAGGAUCGAGGGGGUCACAGAAGCCAGCUCACAGGAGUGAGGGGUGCCCCUGUGGCUCCAUCCCAGCCAAAGCCCCAGGCAGCAUGGUGCAGACAUAGUUUCUACGGGAGCCUAGGCUGAUGGCACCUUCUGCCAUUGGAGAUGCUGCCGGUAACAUCAUCACAGCCACCCCCCAGCAUGAGGGCCUCAGACACCAACAACCCAUGGGCCACAAGGGGGUCCCAGCUCCAGUGGGGGGAGGGCAGCAAGGAGAAAGGAAUCAGACCCAGGGGACCCCCAGGCAGCAUGGGCUGUUAUUUUGAAGAACACGAUGUAAAUAAAUCUUUUAUGUGAUGCCCGGGUCUUUUGGAGCACUCCUUGAUACGGCACAAAGGGCUCGCUUCAGCCCACUCUAGGCUCCUGUGGGCCCCCACCUCUGCUGUUGGCUCUCUGCCUAGGGUGGUCAGGAGGGAAACAUCCCUCACAGGCCCAUGGGUGCAGAGAUGCCCCCGUGGUGUUCUGGCCAGGCCCUGCCUGACCUGUUUUCAAGCUUCUGACGCUACACACCAGCUGUUGGGGUACUUAAGGACCCCGAAGUCGGGCAUUCCGUCCCAAGUCUGGGGGGGUACGGCUUCUGGACUUAGUACACAAAGCACUUUCUGCUCUAGUUAAUAGGAACAGAGAGAGGAGACAAAUUCCUGCCUCCCGGUGCCUGUGCCCUCUGCCCAGGCCCAACAGCCAACCUCCAACCUGAGUAAGGCAGAGAGUAGUAGUUGAGGGCUGGCGUUGUCCCCUCAUCUUCCAGGGCCCUCCAGUCCUUGGCAGCCCAGCUCCCGUGGCUCUGCACCCACCCAAGUCCCGGUGGAGAAGGUGCAGUCUCCUUUGCAGCUGGCACCCCAUGCCUGUGCUGAGCUGGGGUCAGGGGCGUGGCCCUUGGUUGUAAUGACCCCCCACUCCACAGCAUCACUGUAACUUCCCUGACCUUC